AUGGAGAACUCGGCGGCGGCGGUGGGGGUGGAGAAGGAGGACGAGCUGGUGGGAGGCGGCGGCGGGGGCGACUGGGGGUACCUCACGUCGGAGGCGAUGGCGACGGCCGGGUUCCCGGCGUUCGGGUUCCCCUGCGGCGCCAGGGGCGGCGUCACGCCCGCGCCGACCUCGGCGUCGCUGCUCAUGUCCAUGGAGCACGCCGCGCUGUUCGACUACAACGCGGCCUUCCCGUCGUCGUCGUCCUCCGCCGCCGCCGCGCCCCCGGCCUACCACGACUUCGGCUCCGGCGGCAACCCCUUCAACGUCGACGCCCCGCCGUUCCUUCUUGAGCCCCCGCCGCCGCUGACGGCGGCGCCGGGAGGGCAGAAAGGGGGGUUCUUGGCGCCCCCGCUGUCGGCGUUCGGCGACGGCAUGGGGUGGGACGACGAGGACGAGCUGGAUCAGCAGAGCGUGGACGCCUCCUCCUUGGGGGUCUCGGCCUCGCUGGAGAAUGCCGUGGUCGGCGCGCCGGGGGGAGGUGGCGGUGGCGGCGGCGGCGGCAACGGCAAGGGCAAGAAGAAGGGGAUGCCGGCCAAGAACCUGAUGGCGGAGCGGCGGCGCAGGAAGAAGCUCAACGACCGCCUCUACAUGCUGCGCUCCGUGGUGCCCAAGAUCAGCAAGAUGGACAGGGCUUCAAUCCUUGGUGACGCAAUUGACUACCUGAAGGAGCUCCUGCAGAGGAUCAGUGAUCUCCACUCCGAGCUCGAGUCUGCUCCCAGCUCUGCUGCACUGGGUGGACCAUCGACAGCUAAUAGCUUCCUCCCGUCGACGCCCACCCUGCAGCCGUUCCCCGGCCGCAUCAAGGAGGAGCGGUGCCCGCCGGCCCCGUUCCCUAGCCCCAGCGGCCAGCAGGCGACGGUUGAGGUGAGGAUGAGGGAAGGGCAGGCGGUGAACAUCCACAUGUUCUGCGCGCGCAGGCCGGGCAUCCUGCUGUCCACCAUGAGGGCGCUGGACAGCCUCGGCCUCGACAUCGAGCAGGCCGUCAUCAGCUGCUUCGACGGCUUCGCCAUGGACGUCUUCCGCGCCGAGCAAUGCAGGGACGGCCCUGGGCUCCUGCCGGAGGAAAUUAAGGCCGUGCUCCUGCACUGCGCCGGUCUCCAGAACGCGAUGUAG